AUGCUUGUUAGUCGACGCAUUACCUCACUACGCCCUACAUUCGCACGUGCCAUGGCAACAGCAACCAAUGGUGCAGGAAAAACAGGUGCAACACAAAGCCAACAAGGUGAACAACAAGAGCAACAACAACAACAACAACAACGACGUCGACUAGGACCCUUGACACCUAAAGAGAAAGAAGUGUUGGACCCAAUGAUUCGUGUCGACCAAUCCGGCGAAGUGGGAGCAUACUAUAUCUACAUGGGCCAAAUGGCUGUAUUGGGACGCGACAAGAAGCUACGUCCUAUCUUGCAAGAAAUGUGGGACCAAGAAAAGCAUCACUUGGAGCGUUUUGACCAGCUUGUGGGUGAUAUGCGUGUACGUCCAAGUCUACUACGUCCAUUGUGGGAAGUGGCAGGAUUUGCAGUUGGCGCUGGUACAGCAUUGAUGGGUAAAGAAGCAGCCAUGGCAUGUACAGAAGCUGUCGAGACCGUUAUUGGAAACCACUACGAUGAUCAGCUGCGUACCAUUGUCAAGAUGAUAGACGCCAAUCCUGACUUGGAAGAACUUGGCAAGACCGUGGCCCAGUUUAGAGACGAGGAAUUAGAACACCAUGAUAUUGCUAUCGAACAUGAUGCUCACCAAGCUCCCUUCCAUGGCGUGCUCAAAUCAGUCAUCAUGCAAGGCUGCAAGGCUGCUAUUUAUGUCGCCGAGCGCGUAUAG